AUGACUUCCCAUCAAGAGCUAAGGUUAAUCAUCAUUAGCUGCGGUAUUACAGGCAUUGCCCUCGCAGCCGGUCUCAGAACACGACUUAACUAUCAAAACUUCACCAUCUACGAAAGAGAGGUCGCGUUGGGGGGUACCUGGCACCUAAACACUUAUCCAGGUGUAGGAUGCGAUGUCGACUCGCAUCUCUAUUCCUUCUCUUUUAACCCAAACCCGGACUGGUCCAAGAGGUUCGCCGAGCAAGGUGAAAUCCUACAAUACCUCAAUGACACCGUGGACAAGUUCGGUAUUCGGCCCCACGUGCGUCUCCAGAUGAAGGUAGACUCGGCUGAAUGGAUUGAGGAACGCUCGGUAUGGCGUGUGAAUCUCGUCGACUUGGCAACGGGCCACAAAUUCUUUAGAGAGGCCGAGAUGCUCGUGUCUUGCGUGGGCACUAUAUCCGUACCAAAAGACUACACCAUCUCAGGCCACGACAACUUCAAAGGCCAGAUAUGGCAUUCGGCACGAUGGAAUCAUGAAUUUGAUAUGGCGGGCAAAACUGUCGCGGUCGUUGGCAACGGGUGCUCGGGGGCCCAGCUCAUGCCCUACGUCGUCAAGACAGCCACACACGUCGUCCAAUUUCAACGGUCAGCACAGUGGAUUAAUGAACGGCCAAACCGCAAAUUUACACCCUUUGAGAAGUGGUGCUUCCGCUAUCUUCCUCUUUACCACAGACUGUACCGCUUUUACCUGUGGAAGACAACCGACAGUCUCCACGAUUUGUACCUUGGCAACAGUCCCACCGCAGCUCGCAAACGGGCCGUUCAGACCAGGGAGGCUGAAACGUAUAUGCGCCGAGUUGCUCCAGCCAAGUUUCAUGAUCUCCUCAUCCCCGACUUUCCACUGGGCUGCAAACGCCGCAUCUUCGAUCCCGACUAUCUCGAGUGCUUGCAUGGCCCAAAUGUUGAGCUCACGGAUGAACCUAUCGUCGAAUUCACGGAAACGGGCCUCCAAACCACCAAGAGGCACCUAGGGUUCGACGCGGUAAUCCUCAGUACAGGUUUCAAGAUGGAGAUCAAAGGCAGGAGUGGACAAACGAUCAAUGAACACUGGAAGGAAACUCGUGGUGCUCAGGCUUAUCGCGCGACUUUCGUCUCGGGGUUUCCAAAUUUCGGGAUUGUAUUCGGACCCAACGCAUUUCCUGCGCACAACUCAUGUAUCUUCUCCAACGAGACGCAGGCUGAAUAUAUCAUCAAGAGGCUCGUGGCCCCGAUCGUCAAGCAUCACUCUGAUGUAAUUGAUGUUAAGGAGGCCGCCGAGACAAGGGACGCUAGCUUUGUGCAAGAGAAGCUCAAGGGCAUGGUCUGGAGCUCUGGCUGUGCUAACUGGAAUCUUGACGCCGCAGGGCGUAACACGACCAACUAUCAUGACCCGACAUGGAAGUUCUGGUGGCAGCUCUAUUGGCCCAUUUGGAAGGAUUUCAAUAUCUACGGUGGAAGCGGAAGUCUUCCUAUGAGUCCAUUCUCGAAAUUGGCUCUCUGGGGUGUCAUGACUGGAGGCUUGGUCUCUUCCCUCGUACUGGGCUUGAGUGCAAGCUUUCUCGCCAAGUAG